AUGGCCGCGGUCGGCGAUGGACAAAGCUCCACAGGCUCCUCGCCCAUGUCUUCUCCGCCUCAUGGGCUUUCUGAUACCAUCAGUGUCGCGAAGCCCGCGCAGCCUCAGUUUCUGCGUCCUGGAGAUGUCGCAUUUCCCCAACUUUCUCGUCCACCACAACCACAACCCGCUACGUCAACUUCUACAAAUACCACAAAUGGCAACGCCAAGGCCGCAUCACAUGACCCUACCAAAAAGGUCAAACAAACACGCAAGAGGAGAGAUCCUGAGGUAGUGGCAGCAGAAAAGGCAGAAAAGGCUAAGAAGGCUGCUGAAAAGGCCGAAAAGGCGGCAGAGAAGGCCGCCGCUGCAGCGGAGCCUGCCAAAGAAAAGAAGCCUCGCAAGCCUCGUGAACCCAAGGACCCCAAUGCCCCGACAGCUGGCUCGCGUAAGAAACAGAAGACUGAUGCAUCGGCCAAUUCCACGCCUACUGCGAGCCGUCAACCAACUCUUGGUGUUAUGGUUGGCAAAUUUCAGACGCCACUUCCUCCCACUCCAACCGUACAGCAAACACAGCCUGUACAAAUCAUGAAGAGUGAAGAAAAGAAGCCCAUUGUUGCACCUCCUCCAGCCCCUGCACGGCCUGCCUCCAGUGGUCAAAGAUAUGACCCCAUCCGCGCCUCUAUGACCGUGGACCCUUACUCAACCCCUGCCAACACAUCGAUUGCUUCACUUCAAGUCUCACCACAUGCGCACAGAGCAAGCGCGUCACCUGCAAUCGCAAGUCUGAUCAAUCCUCCUGCUCCUAGUGACACGCUCAUGUCUCCUCCUGUGGUUCCAUCUGUCCCUGCUCAGAUGAAGUCACCGAGCGUCUCUGCUGCCAUGCCUCCUCCUCCCAGCGUCAAUCGUCAGCCUGAAGUCCAACUCAUGUCAAACACCCUCACGAACAAUUCACCCCAAACAAUCUCGCACCCAAGCGCUGUAGUGAUGGAAGACGCCAUGGAGAUUGACGCCCACGACGAGCAAAAGCCAGCACAGGUCGUCACUAAAGUUGCAGACAAGGAAAAGGAGAAGGACAACCAAAAGCCCACCGCCAAACCAUCGUCCGCCCCAGCACAGAAGGCCAAGCGUGCCUCGCCCCCGGCGCCUACUGGCAGUGGUCUGCUUUCUGGCAGCGACAUCUUCGGAGGACCGUCAGCCGUCACCGAGGAUCACAAACGCCAUGGAGUGAAUAUCGAUAUCGAGAUUCCUCUUAACCCGGCGGGUAACAACACAAUCAACAUCGCCCAAGAGAUCUUGAAGAAGUAUGGCAAGAACGCCAUCAAUCCUCGCGCUGCAGCACACCGCGAACGUCUCUUACAAGUCGCCGCUGCAGCCAACCGCCUAGAGCCCGGUACUGGUGACGAUAUCUCUGUUGGUGACCUCAACUCCGAGGCCGAGAAUGACAGUAACGUUGAAAUGGGUGGCAUGGAAGAAGACAAGAAGGGCGACGAUGAGCCUAAGAAGCGCCGCCGUAGAAAGGUGGAGGACUACGACAAGGAAGACGAUUUCAUCGACGACACAGAACUGGCCUGGGAAGAAGGCGCAGCAGUUGCUAAGGAUGGCUUCUUUGUCUAUUCAGGCCCGCUUGUACCUGAGGGAGAGAAGGCUCAGAUCGAGACUUCUGCGCCCUCUGGUCGUGGAAGAGGUCGCGGCCGUGGACGCGGUCGUGGAGGCGCUACUGGUGUCACUCACGCUCAACUCGCCGCGAAGAACGCCGAUCCAUCAGCUGCAGUGACUGCUCCGACAACUGGCAGAGGCAGAGGCCGUGGCCGCGGCACUGGAGCAACUCGCAAGCCACGCAUCACCAAGGCCGACAAGGAGAAGAUGGAGAGCGAAAAGGUGCAACGUGAGCGCCAGGCUGCUGCUCUUCCUCAGGCGAACCCUGCAGCAGUCUUUCUGACUCCUGCUAGCAUGGCGCAGGUCUGA